GAAGCUUCGCUUUCACAAAAUCAGGCAGUCCGUGUUAUAAACUGCGUCACUGCCAGUUGGAGGAGUAAUCUAGUGAAGGGGUCUAAAGGUUUCUUUGCAAUAUUCAAACAAUUUAGUGUCUUGAUUUUUAUAUUUGUCGAGUCUACAUUUGGCACGAUGGUCAAAGUGUCGUUCAAUUCGGCCCUUGCUCAGAAAGAUGGGAAAAAGGAAGAAGAAAAGAGCGAAACUCUUAUCAUUCCUGAAGACAAGGAUCCUGAAGAUGUGAUUCAUAUCCGCCAUCAGUCAAAAACCUGGUGCUGGUGCAUGUGCCUUGGACUAGCUCUGAUGCUGUCUGGUGUGGUAGUUGGAGGUGCCUAUCUCUACAGAUACUUCAUGUAUCCGAAAGGUGAAGGAAUGUUCUUCUGUGGCGUGAAGUACCGUGAGGAAGAUUAUAUGAUCCCAAAUGCUCCCAACCCAUCUGCUCGUUUGCAUGAGAUUGAAGAAAGAAUCCGUAUUCUUGAGGAGGACCAAGUUGAGCUGAUUAACGUCCCUGUCCCAGAGUUUGCAGAUAGUGACCCGGCUGACAUAGUUCAUGAUUUUCACAGAAGGCUUACAGCGUACCUGGAUCUCAGUCUUAACAGAUGCUAUGUGAUUUCCCUGAACACUUCUAUUGUCAUGCCACCAAGAGACUUCCUGGAGCUGCUGAUUAACAUCAAGGCUGGAACCUACCUGCCCCAAUCGUAUCUGAUCCACGAGCAGAUGAUUGUCACUGACCGCAUUGAAAAUGUCGAUCAGCUGGGCUAUUUCAUUUAUAACCUCUGCCGUGGCAAGGAGACCUAUAGACUUCAGCGCAGAGAUGUUAUUAGAGGCAUUCAGAAGCGUGAGGCUUUGAACUGCCACACAAUUCGUCACUUUGAGAACAGGUUUGCUGUCGAAACUGUCAUCUGUGAGAAGUAGUGCACAGAACUACUGAAGUGACAGCUUGCUGUUGAAAAACCACACUUUUUUUUUUUAACUUUUGUGUGCAGUGAUUGGGUUUUUAAUCCUGUUUUUUCAGUUUUGUUGCUUUUUAUUUUUUAAUGAACUGGUAAUGUAAACAGGGUUGUGUUGUAAAACUUCCCUUACUCAUCUCGUAGAUAAUAUUAGCACCAACUAGCUAUUGAGAAGUUAUUUUGUCAAGUGUUAUGUUUUUAAUUAUUUUUAAUAAUAAAAAAUAAAAAAAUAGCGGCAAUAUUAAAAACAAUGGUAUUUACAUCUUAUCUAUUUUUGGGAAGUUUCAUUUUCAGGGUUUAACUGCUUGUUUGAUUAAUGUAACUUUAAAUGGAAGCCAAGUGAAUUAGAAUGGACUGGGCAAUAUUAAGCUAUCUGUAUUUUAAAAAUGCAAAGUAAUCGAAAAAAAAGUGCAAUUCACAUCAAUCUCACCUUUUUUUUAAGGUUUUAUGUUUUACUUAUUUGCUGUAACCAAUAAGAUACCACGAAGCAUUUGGAAAAUAUAUAGGUUACGUAUAGUACUAAUUUGUAUAUAAUCUUCCUUCUGUGUAAAAGGUAACUUAUACCACAAUAAAUCUUGGACACAA